AGUGGCCACGCCCCUCCGCGAGGUGUCUUUCCGUCGGACUGUCUUUCUGUCAGCCGCCAGGUGACCAGCAGGCCGUAACACAAGUAAAAAUGACCGAUCAAGGGGUGACAAACGAGGCUGCAGCCGCCGCGUGUAAAGAGGGAAGCUCCAUCACUAAAGACUUCAUGAUGCAGCAGACAAUGCUGCGGGUGAAGGAUCCGGUUAAAUCCUUGGAUUUCUACACACGGAUCCUGGGAAUGACGCUGUUACAGAAGUUUGAUUUCCCCUCGAUGCGAUUCACCCUCUACUUUCUGGGUUACGAAGAUAAGAAAGAGAUCCCUGCAGAUGUGAAGGAGAGGACGGCCUGGACAUUCUCCCGUAGAGCCACUAUAGAGCUCACUCAUAAUUGGGGCUCAGAAACAGAUGACAGCCAGUCUUACCACAAUGGCAACUCAGACCCAAGAGGCUUUGGCCAUAUUGGAAUUGCUGUGCCGGAUGUCUAUGCUGCCUGCAAGCUGUUUGAAGAGAACGGAGUGACCUUUGUAAAAAAGCCAGAUGAUGGUAAAAUGAAGGGCCUGGCCUUCAUUCAGGAUCCUGACGGUUACUGGAUUGAGAUUCUCAGCCCUAAUAACAUGGUGUCCAUCACUUCAUAAAGACUGCCAUUACGCUGUGACCUGAUCCGAGAACACUAGUUAUAUAAAUAAAGGACAGAUGGGUGAUUUAAGAAAGGGUGGUUGCUCUCUGCAAACAAGCGCAGUGAAGACUAACAGUGUUUACAUCGAACAAUAUAAUGCUACAAUAUCAUUUGAUAGUCACUUUUUGAAUUAACGCAGGCCCUCAUUCAGUUUAAGCUCAAAGGGAUAGUUCACUGAAAAAUGAAACUAUUUACUCUAACUUAAGUUGUUCUAUACUUUGUAAAUCACAAAAGAAGAUAUUUCGAAGUAUGUUGGAGGAAAAAUCAGUCAUUGAUAUCUAUAGUACACUUAAAAGUGAGUUUGCGCUUAAAAUGAGCUGAAACAACAUGAUUUUUGAGGGUUUUUUUUGGGACAACUUAAUUGUUUUGUGUUCAAUCAACUUAAAUUUAAGUUAACUUAAUUGAUUGAACUUAAACCAAUGAAUUGUGUGGAAUCUUGCAUUAUUUACUGUGUAUGAACACAAAAUGCUAUGAUAUAAAUUAAUCUGUUUAUAAUCAACGUUUUCUUUAUAUCUGUGUUCAACAGAGGAAAGAAACUUAAAGGAUGAGUAAAUGAUUGCAAGAUUUGAUUUUUCUGUGUACUGUCUCUUUAAAAUUCUACUUUGUUAAAAUAUGCUAAUUUUUGAAAGGAUGCCGUUCUCCUAAAGCUUCUCCUUUAUUAAAAUAGCAUUUUUUUUAAUUAAUACAAUACAUCCUUCAUAUCCGCCCCUAAUACCCUGCCUAUAUUUGUUCAAAUAAACCAAGGAAAGGGC